UGAAAUUCAUACUAAAGAAUUAUGCGAUUUAAGAAAAAGAUAUUUUCAAAACAUUUUAAUAUGUCAACCUUUUUCCAAAUAUUUCAUCGAAAUUGAAGCAGAUGAUAAAUGCAUGUAUUGUUACUACUGGGUUGAAAGAGCAAAUAUGAA